CUUAAACAUAACUGUAAAGAUAUGAACCAUGGCAGCGGGUUCAUUUGGGAUACCAAGGUAGCAUAAUUCCUAGGUGGGUGUGGUUGUGUGCAGUGGUGAGUCAGUCUUGACAUUAUUAGAUGUACCUGUUAUGCCUGUGGUAACUCCUUGUACUGGUUUAUGAUUGAGGAAUGAACUUGACAUAUUGCUUUGACACAUGCUUAGUUUGUUGGUGGGGGGUAAAUAUGGAGAUAUUUUUCUUAGAUUUGCUUUGUAUUAUUUUGUCGAGUCACUUUCCAGUCUGUUUUCAGAUUAUCAAUGGAUUGUUUGGUCAUAAUUAACAAAUAUAUUUGCUUAUAGAAAAGGAAGCUUUAUUGGGAGAUAACAUAUUUUACUUUGUGAGGUGCUUCCCCCAGUUUUGUUUCUUUAACAUAUUUUAUGUUUCAUAUUAUAAAGCAUUUACUCCUCCUUUUACAUAUCAGACUGUAUAACUUUUUAGGUUAGAUUUCUGCUCUUUUUUGGAAGAAUCUUAAAAUUUAUUUGCAAGACUACUUAUUUGUGAAUCACUUCAGGGUUGAUGGAAUCUUAAAUUUCUGUCAGAUAAACUUUUAUUGCAAUUUUCAAUGUCUUAGCAUUGAUUCUGUCUCCUCGAACUGUAGGGCUGUAACAUUAGUCAAUAUUCUUAACCUUUUCCUCUGCCUCAGUUUUACCCCCUCCAACUGCAUCCCCAAUUUUUUUAAACUUCAUUCAUCUCUGAUUUAUUACAGACUCGAGAAUGAACAAUCCGUCAGAAAAUGGUAAACCUUCGAUGGAGAGUGGGGACAGCAGCACAGGCACACAAACGAAUGGUUUGGACUUUCAGAAGCAGCCCGUGCCUGUUGGAGGAGCAAUCUCAACAGCCCAGGCCCAGGCUUUCUUUGGACAUCUCCACCAGGUCCAGCUCGCUGGAACAAGUUUACAGGCUGCUGCUCAGUCCUUAAAUGUACAGUCUAAAUCUAAUGAAGAAUCGGGGGAUUCCCAGCAGCCAAGCCAGCCUUCCCAGCAGCCUUCAGUGCAGGCAGCCAUCCCCCAGACCCAGCUCAUGCUGGCUGGAGGGCAGAUAACUGGGCUUACUUUGACGCCAGCCCAGCAACAGUUGCUCCUGCAGCAGGCACAGGCACAGGCACAGCUGCUGGCCGCUGCGGUGCAGCAGCAUUCCGCCAGCCAACAGCACAACGCUGCUGGGGCCACCAUCUCAGCCUCCGCCGCCACGCCCAUGACGCAGAUCCCCCUGUCUCAGCCCAUACAGAUUGCACAGGAUCUGCAGCAACUACAGCAACUUCAGCAGCAGAAUCUCAACCUGCAACAGUUUGUGCUGGUACAUCCGACCACCAACCUGCAGCCAACACAGUUCAUCAUCUCACAGACGCCCCAGGGCCAGCAGGGUCUCCUGCAAGCGCAAAAUCUUUUAACGCAACUACCUCAGCAAAGCCAAGCCAACCUCCUACAGUCGCAGCCAAGCAUCACCCUCACCUCCCAGCCAGCAACCCCAACACGCACAAUAGCAGCAACCCCAAUUCAGACACUUCCACAGAACCAGGCAACACCAAAGCGAAUCGACACUCCCAGCUUGGAGGAGCCCAGUGACCUUGAGGAGCUUGAACAGUUUGCCAAGACUUUCAAACAAAGACGAAUCAAACUUGGAUUCACUCAGGGCGAUGUUGGGCUCGCAAUGGGUAAACUGUAUGGAAAUGACUUCAGCCAAACUACCAUCUCUCGCUUUGAAGCCUUGAACCUCAGCUUUAAGAACAUGUGCAAGUUAAAGCCACUUUUGGAGAAGUGGCUCAAUGAUGCAGAGAACCUCUCGUCAGAUUCGGCUCUCUCCAGCCCAAGUGCCCUGAAUUCUCCAGGGCAGGGAAUCGAGGGCUUGAACCGCAGGAGAAAGAAACGCACCAGCAUAGAGACCAACAUCCGCGUGGCCUUAGAGAAGAGUUUCUUGGAGAAUCAAAAGCCUACCUCGGAAGAGAUCACCAUGAUUGCUGAGCAGCUCAACAUGGAGAAGGAGGUGAUCCGCGUCUGGUUCUGUAACCGCCGCCAGAAGGAGAAAAGGAUCAACCCACCCAGCAGCGGGGGCGCCGGCGGCUCACCCAUCAAGGCCGUCUUCCCCAGCGCCUCGCUGGUGGCAACCACACCAAGCCUUGUGACCAGCAGUGCAGCAACUACCCUCACUGUCAACCCCGUCCUCCCUCUGACCAGCGCUGCAGUAACCAACCUCUCUGUUACAGGCACUACAGAUACCACCUCCAACAACACUGCCACCGUGAUUUCCACCGCGCCUCCGGCUUCCUCGGCAGUCACUUCCCCCUCUCUGAGUCCCUCCCCUUCUGCCUCAGCCUCCACCUCUGAGGCCUCGAGUGCCAGUGAGACCAGCACAACACAGACCACCUCCACUCCUCUGCCCUCUCCCCUUGGGACCAGCCAGGUGAUGGUGACGGCGUCAGGGCUGCAAACGGCAGCAGCUGCCGCCCUCCAAGGAGCUGCGCAGUUGCCGGCAAAUGCCAGUCUCGCAGCCAUGGCUGCCGCUGCAGGACUGAGCCCAGGCCUGAUGGCACCGUCUCAGUUUGCAGCUGGAGGUGCCUUACUCAGUCUUAACCCAGGGACCCUGGGCGGUGCUCUCAGCCCGGCUCUGAUGAGCAACAGUACACUGGCAACCAUUCAAGCUCUUGCUUCUGGUGGCUCUCUUCCAAUAACGUCACUGGAUGCGACUGGGAACCUGGUCUUUGCCAAUGCGGGAGGAGCCCCCAACAUCGUGACCGCCCCUCUGUUCCUGAACCCCCAGAACCUCUCUCUGCUCACCAGCAACCCGGUUAGCCUGGUCUCUGCCGCUGCAGCCUCCGCGGGCAACUCUGGGCCUGUUGCCAGCCUUCAUGCCACCUCCACCUCCGCCGAGUCCAUCCAGAACUCUCUCUUCACAGUGGCCUCUGCCAGCGGGGCUGCUUCCACCACCACCACCGCCUCCAAGGCACAGUGAGCGGCCACUACCCACCACAGCCUCUUCCACGCGCGGUCCAUUGGGCUGCCAGCCGGGCUGCCACCGCAGGUGCGGUUGGCUCCCUCUUGCCACGGUGUGAGGGCGAGGGAGAGAAGAGCAGGAAAGACACAUGCCGGAAAGAAAGGAUGGAGACUGGACAUUUGCCUAAUUUUGUAAUAAAACACUGUCUUUUCAGGAUUGCUUAAUGGAUUGGAGAACUUUCUAACCAAAAAUUUUAAAAGCAGAAACAAAAAAUCAAAAACAAACAAAAAAAAUAAGUGAAAGGACUACUUAUCAUUUCCAGCGGUCACAGUGACAGUCAAGGUGGGUUACCAAUUCUAAUAUAGAAAGAGUAUUUCUUGUUUGUCUAAAUUCUUUUUUUUUUUUCCUUAAAAAAUCAUUUUUUAUGGGUCUGUUGUACAGGCCAUUAAGUCAUAACAAGGUGUUUAUAAUCGUA